UUAUACGGUUACCUUUCCUCCCGUCAUGUCCAUCAUCACAGUAGACAUCAGUAAAGGAAUUUAAUCGAAUAAAUAGUAACCAUUCGUGAUGCAAAUGGCUGCUCUCGGUCAGUUCGCGGGAAGCCGGUCGUUCACGAAGCCCCCCUCAGGGUUACGCUGCUUUUCCAGAUGUGAACGCAUUGCGAGUCCUUACACGAGCUAACACCGGACCACGGCACCGACCGCACAGCUGCACAAGGUCUGGCUCUCCUUUUGUUUCUAACGGCCUCGCCCGGGACGUGACACUCAAAGAAUAACCGUGUCCGCUUUACGUUCGUAUGUAAUUAGCAGACAGCCGGCCGAGAUUCACGACGUGUGACUUAAAACGCCAAAACUUGUUGGCAACUUCGGUCGCUUGGCAGAAGAAUAGACUUUUUUUUUCCCCCCCUGUGAGACAGACGUUUGGUGUUUUUCUCGGCACCAGUAUUGUCAGUUUUGCUUGAUGUCAGCAUCGGGAUUUUGUCGGAGAUAUCGCUUAUUUAACACACAGAUUGCUCUUUUCUAACUAGCCCGUAACCCCCAUGGGUUUCCACACCAACAGGUCUUUUUGAUAAGCUCGUCAAUGCAAGUGGCAUUUUGUCCGUGUUCUAAAAUAAAUUGGCUUCUGCUGCUGUACCGGACAGUUACAUCUUGUUUUAAUCCGGCAAAAAAUGACGGAUAUUUUUAAACGACAUCAUGUCCCGUGAGUCUUAGCCAAUUGCUAUGCUGUCAGAGCUUCAUGGGAGCUCAUUGACCAAGCCGAGUUUCAUAAAUACACUUGUGAAUUUGUCAGUGCUUUGGAUUUCAUGCGUCAAUACCCACGCAAACAUUGUGCUAAAAGCUUGACAAAAUACAGCUUUGAUACAACUAAAUUACAUCUCUGUGCAGAUACUUUUUUUUUUUUUUUUGCCAGGGUGGAAGUACAUCUGCAUGAGAAGAAGGUGCAGUGUUUUAUAUGUACCCAGUUACAGUCAUAAUGGCCCAUUAACAGGCAGACAACUAAUCCUAGGACAUCCAACUCAAUCAAAAAGAAAUGUAAAACAGCAAACUACGAAUUUAAAUCUUACCAAAAGAGCCACAAAACAUCUUAUCAUGUGGAAUGAAAUAUUGCUCACUGAUGCCUAAAUCUCCAGAAACUAAAUAUAGCUUAUGUGUUCAAUAUAUUUUUCUUAUGCUACUCAAAUACUGGGGCAAGAAUAGAAUCCAGGAUUCAAAAAGAAUCAAGAUGUGAAUCAGACUCGGUGAAAUCAAAAUGACACCUAACUUGAAUCCUUUUCGUGUAACAUGGAUGCAGCGAAUACAGGUGAAUGCCCAUGUUAAUGUUUUCAGUCUGUCUCUGUGUGUGUUUGUCCAUAAGAUGUCUGUUAAGCUCUGCUCUGCAAGUGGACCAGAAGGGAAUAAUGCAAGUCUUCAAGGCACCACAGUGGGGGGCAGCAAACCUUUACACCGCUUCAUUAAAGGGCAACCCAAGAUUGUUGGCAUCAUUGUGCUGGUCUUGGGCACGUCCUUUAUCCUUUCCAUCGUAAUGGUGGGGGAAAGCACUAGACAACUCAGUAGGACAGUCAUCCCGCCCAGCUUCUUGCUGGGAAUGCUGUUCAUCCUAUGUGGGAUUCUGUAUAUUCUGACAGAGCACAAGCCAACCAAGAAAACGGUCACCAUAUCAUUGGCUGUGAGUGUUGUGACCAUACUGGGGGCAUUUUGGACUGUGUUGCAAAUCCUGCCCGAAGUCUUACUUGCCAACUUCUUAACACACUAUGACAUUCAUGAAGACAGUAGCACAGAGACUGAUGAUGCAGCAUGGUCAGCAUGUUAUGAGGCAAUGGGGGCAAUGAUGGAGGUGAUCUAUUUAUUCUACAGUUUGGUUGGUGCAAUUAUUUUCAUUGUAAUGUCCUCUCUGGCCGGGGCUGCCCUGCGUUCCACAAAGAGCCAGGCCAUUAUAGUGAUGACUACCGCGCCAACUGAAACUCCAGUUGAAUGACGAGCACGGGACGAAGAAGUGGGACAAAUUGAGCAGAGAGAAGAAAUAUGAAGCAUACAAAGACAGCAAAGUAUUUCUCUCUCUGGGCACAUCAUGAUACCUGACUGCUAAACAUUAACCAGUGCACGACAGCAUGUUGUGGUCAUUAUGUACAAUGCAAUACAGAUCAUACAUAUGUCUGAUAUGUGUUGCCUUUUAGUGUCUCUGUCAUCUAUUACUAUAAUUCCCUCUUUUGAACAUUUGCCACCAGAAUCAACAGGAUGGUGGCAUUGAACUUCCCCCCCCCCACCUAGGCAAUUAACUGCUACUUACUCUUCAGUCUGGCAUAGGCUGACCUAUUUCCACCGAAUGUUUACACUAAUA